AUGUUCCUCAAGGCCUUUCUCCCUUUGCUCCUGGCCCCGCUGGUCGCGACGACACCGACAAGCAUAGAAGCCCGCCAGUACAUUACUGCCAACGACCUCGACACCGGCAACUGUAAGGACGGCACUGUUGUUGGACCCGAGGUCUGCGAUGACUUGAAGAUGCAGCUGGGAGGCAACGUCGGCUGCCAGGGUAUUGGUGGCGCCUACACUGCCGGUCUUGCAGAGAACUUCUUACCAGGCAAUACCGCGCCGCAAGAUGUGCAAGCCGCCGUGCAAGUCUUCGAGCAAUGCAGCCAGAAAUGCCCCAAGGCGAAAAUUGUCGCUGGUGGAUACAGUCAGGGAAGUGCCGUCAUCGACGGCUCGAUUCAGAGGUUGUCUGGAGAAGUGAGAGAUAAGGUCAAAGCUGUUGUCCUCUUUGGCUUCACCCGCAACUUGCAGGAUGGUGGCCGGAUUCCCGGAUACCCCAAGGAUCAGACCAAGGUUUUCUGUGCCGUGGGUGAUAUGGUCUGUGAUGGUACUCUGAUCAUUACUGCUGCUCACUUGACCUAUGGUGCCAAUGCUGGCGAGGCUGCGAGCUUCCUUGCUCAGCACGUCAAAUGA